GAGAGUAUGGCGGCGGAGCGUGGGGAAGGGCUCAUUGGCGACGGGGAGGUUGUGUCUGUUUCUCCGCUCGGGUCGGUCGGUCGGUCGGUCGGUCGGUCGGUCGCCUGGGUGACGCAGAGAGGUGACCUUCGGAGCAGGAGGAUGAGCGAGUGGGAGAGGGAGUUCCUACGGCACCUCGCUGUCCCUCCGCACUGCCAGCGCAGACGGACGCGCCCGCUGCGCUCCACGCCGUUCCGCUUUGUCCUCAAGUACCUGGAAGGGGCUGCGCUCACCCAGGAAGCCGAGUACCAGCUGCGCCUCACCCUUUUCGAUGCCACCUACCGCCACUUCUUCGGGAGGACGUGGAGAGGUGGCUGGAAAGCUGCCCGUGCCGCCUCGCCGCGCCCGGCCAGGGUGGCGUUCAAUGAGACUGUUUACUUCCACACCUCCUUGAACCACCCUGGCAUCACCGCGGUUGUGGAAGUGGUGGCAACAGCUGGGAAAGGCAAUGGGGUCUCUCAGCAUCUCUCCUGUGGCUUUGGACUCAUCCCCCUCUUCCGCAGCGGCUCGGAGGCGAUGGAUCCGGUCACUGAGGACAGAGCACUGAAGCUGUACCACGGGACACCACUUGCCUUACUGCACCCACACUUCCAGGAUCCCAUGGAAAAGAACAAAUACCUGAUGAUCAUGGAGAAGAGCCACCUGCAUUAUGCCCUGAAGCCCCACCAACCCCUGGAGAAGAUAUUUCACCUGCUUCCUGAAAACCUCCUGAUAUCAGGGCUGGAGACGGUUCCUGGCUUGCUGCCGGCACGCGGAGAUGCGAGUGACUGCUUGCAGAAGCCCCGGCUGAUGAAGCCUGUCACCUGCUAUCUGGAGAGGCUCUCCGUUCGGCUGUAUCCUUCCCUGGAGGAAUUUGAGGAAGAGCUGCUGGACUUACUGAACAGCGAUCGCUUGCUUCAGGCAAACACCGCACCGGAUGGUGAUGAGAUGCCUGUUCAAGAGCGACGGCUGCAUGUUGGUGUCCACAAUGGUCUGUGCUUCGUCCAGACGCCGCAGGUGGCCGUGCUGGUGCCAGAGUCGGAGACAUCGCGGGGCACCUUCUCGAGGAUGAUUGGCUCUGGAGCCAGGGGUUCAGGUCAAGCCCUGGUCCUGAGGAGCCGAAUCCACCUGAGCGAAUUGGUCCCUCACCCGGCAUUUGGGAUCUGCUUCCAGCUGGAGUAUGUCUUCUGCAGCUCGAGGAGAGCCGGUGGGAAGUCCCUGCCCGGCAGCGCCCGCGGCGAAGCAGCCAACAUGCGCUCCAUGCGCUGGGCCAUCUGGAGCCCCGUCCUGGGCACCGGUGAGGCGGAUGUGGUCCUGCCCCUGCGUGGUGGCGCCCACCGUGGCCCCUGCCAAACCUUGGUCUACCACAUCCCACCAAGCAGCAGGAGCUCCUGUCAGGGGAAGCACGUGGAAUCUGGGACUGUCCAAUUCCACGUUUCCACUGAGUCGGAGGAACAUCUUGUAACUGCUGCUGAGAUCCUACGUAAAGACAGGGACACGUCGGAGAAGCCUCCCACGCCGUCGCCGACUCCGUUGUCCCCCCAGCAAACAACAGGCUCUCCGCAUGGACCAGGGCUGUCAGUGUCCCAGCUCACGGCCUCGCCGUGGGGCAAGGACCAGCUCCCAGCACCGCGUGGCCACAGCUCUCCCAAGGAGCCGGGGAUCACUCACCUGGAGGUCGACCUCAGCUCGCUGGACGCAGAGCCCUGCGCAGAUGACCAACUGCGGGCACUGCCGUUUGCCCCACUGCAGGUGCCCAUCGCUGCCAUGGGGCUGCAGGCGGGCAGUUCUUGCACGCCGCUCUCCCGUGCCUCCCUGGCACGCCUGCACGCUGCAGGCUUCCCGGAGAUCCUGGACCACAACCAGGAGCCGGUGGGCAUCUCGGAGCUGGUGGAGCCGGGAAGUUUCAGCCUGCAGCUGGAGGAAGCUGACCCUCUGCAAGGCAACGAAAUAAUCCUGCAGUUCCUGGCUUUUGGCAGGGAUGUCCUGGACAGUGCAGAGGGGACUUGGCCAAAGACAGUCUUCCUCACCUUCCAGUUCUACCGUUUCCCACCGGUCACCACGCCGCGGCUGCAGCUGGUCAGCUCGGAUGGGGGCCCGGUGUCUGGGCCAGCUGUGCCGGCGCAGCUCCUUGUCCGGUUGAACAAGGAUGGAACCCUCAGCACUGGACCGCCGGGCUUGCAGCUGAAGUACAUGGUGGAUCCCAAUUUUCUGCGUCCUGGGGAGCAGCGCUGGUUUGUGCGAUACCUGGCUGAGCACAGCCUCCAGAUUGACGUUUGGGAUGGAGACUCCCUGCUCCUUGUUGGGUCUGCUGCUGUCAAACUGGAGCCCCUGCUGCGCCAGGGCCGGGCGGCCGUCAGGACCCACCACGAGCUGGAGGUGGCCACGACUGAGUACGAGCCAGAUGUGACGGUGCUCGGCCGGGAGGCUCUGCGGCACGGCGCCCUGCGGCCCCUCGGUGUCCGUGUGGCUGUGAGGGGCCGCCUCCACCUCUGCCUGGCCAACAUCGGCCACCCGUGCAAGGACACCCUGGCGCAGCUGCCAUCCCCGCCGCCGUCCCGCUCCCACCACGUGCCCACACCAGAUAGCGCCGGCAGCAUCCCGGCAGGCAGCUGGUUCUCCCUGAGCGCUGCUGGCGGUGGGCGAGUGUCCCGGGCACGGAGGCUGGCCGAGGUGGACGGUGAGCUGGCGGCUGUGCUGUGCAGCCUCAGGCCAGGGGCCAAGUCAGUUCCCCCGGGUGCCCCCAGCGAGGAUGCGGCCACGCGCCAGCGCAAGCUGCGGCGCAUGGCGCUGGUACGGCAGCAGGAGGAUGCCGGUGGCAGGAAGGUGUUCCAGCUCUCGCGGGAACGGCGCAUCCCACACAUGCGGGACCUGCAGAUCAUUGAAGCCUACUGGGAACAUAUCAAGGGCGAGGCCAUCUCCCAGAUGCUCAUCCAGGUCAUCACCGCCACCCACACUGUGCACGCCGUGCUGGGGACAGCACAGUUCUUCGAGUUUGCCUUGAAGAACCCUUAUGGCAUCCAGCACACCGUGACCAUCAAGAUUGACCACCCUGAGCUCAGCGUCAUACUGGACCCGAGGGAGUGGCGCCACUUCAAGGAGCUGACCAAGAGUGUUACGCCAGUUGAGGAGGAGAUGUUCCACCUCCGUGAUGACCUCAGGCCUCAAGUCUAUCUGCGCCCUCACGAGACUGUCCGCAUCCCCUUCAAAUACCAGACUUUCUCUGCAGACCCUGCAGUCGUCAUGGCUCAGGGGCCAACGGGGCUGAGAACUGGAGAUGACACGGUUGCCCACUCCUUGGGGAAGAGCGUGGCCGGGCAGGCAAAGCACAUCCAGGUCUCCUUCCAGGUGAGCAAGGGGAAGCCCAUCGCACUGCUGAGGGUGAAAGUGGAGCCACAGCCCCAUGUGGUGGACCAGACCUUUCGCUUCUACCAUCCCGAGCUCACCUUCCUGAAGAAGACCAUUCGGCUGCCCCCGUGGCACACCCUCCCCGGUGCGCCGGUGGGGAUGCCAGGGGGGGAGCCAGAGAUGUUUGUUCGCUGCAGCGACCCUGACAUCAUUUGUGAAACCAAAAAUAUGGGGCCCGGAGAGCCACAGGACAUCUUCUUAAAAGUAGCCGGAGGACCAAGCCCGCAGAUCAAAAAGUUCUUUGUUGCUAUUUAUAUGGACGCUUGGCUGGCGGCGCCUGUCCAGAUCUGGCAGUUCUACCUGCACUCGCUGCAGCGCCUGGACGUCAGCUGCACGGCUGGGCAGCUCACCCGCCUCUCCCUGGUGCUUCGCGGCACGCCGGCUCCGCGCAGGGUGCGAGCCUUCACCUCCCACCCCCAGGAGCUGCAGGUAGAUCCGGAUGGUGCUUUCCUCCUCCCCGCCAACGGCAUGCAGGAGCUGUACAUUGGCGUCAGGCCUCGGCGGGCCGGCAGCAGGUUCAUCUACCUCAACCUGGUGGAUGUGGAGUCCCACCAACUGGUGUCCUCCUGGCUGCUCUGCCUGUCCUGUCGGCAGCCCCUCAUCUCCAAGGCGUUUGAGAUCUCGCUGCCUGUGGGAGGCGGGAGAGGCUGCAACAAGCGCAUCACCUACACCAACCCCUACCCCUCGCCCAGGCUCUACUUCUUGUGCACCAACCGGCCUGACCUCCUGCAGUUCAAGGAGGAUUCCUUUGAGAUCGCUGGUGGGGAGGUGUACACCAUUGGCCUGCGGUUUGCCCCGAGCCAGAGCGCAGGAGAGGAGGAGAUCCUGAUUCACAUCAACGACCAUGAGGACAAGAACGAGGAAACCUUCUGUGUGAAGGUCCUCUACCAGUGAGGCCGCUCACCCACCGCAGCAGAGCAGCCAGUCUCCAGCACCGGCUCAGGGACACGUAUUUCUCUAAGACUUCUUAUCUAUGUUUUAUCCAAGUCUCCUUGGCUGUGUUGUUCGCAGACAGAGGCUCACGAGCCCAGUUGCUCGUAGUCCCCUCACUGAGCUGGGAGGUCUCGCUGGCUGCCGGGAUCCCCAGGCAUUGCCGCAAGCGCUGGUGGUGCCGCACAGCUCCAUCUGCUCUAAUCGCAGAGGGCAAAUGCGUUUGUUACCACACAGAAUGCCUUUAUUUUUGUUAAGCGUUGCUGUAUUUCAGCCGUGUUGUAGUAUUUUUUUUAACUUAAAAAAAAAUUGCGGAGCUGAUUCUGCGGGAUAUUUUUGAAGUCUUUUAUAUUCCAGUGAGUUUUGCACAGGCUGACACGGUUUUCUAGUGUUUUUAAUACUUUUUGCUUAUCCUUGAUCAAUUAAACUUUCACAGAACUGGCAGCGUGUGGCAGCAUUUUCUUCUGUGGGAGAUGGAAAACUUCAGAGUCUCUGUCUGGUGAAGACAAGUGCUGGUGGGGAGCACUGGGAAUCCCACGUGUCAUCCCCAGCUCCCUGGAGCAUCCCAGGGGCCGGAGCGGAGGCUGUGGAGUUAGAAUGACUGGAAAAUAAGAUUGAGCUGAGGGGCGAUGGCUGCAUCCCUGCGUGUGAUAGCGCAUCUCUUGGUGUUCAUCCGUGGCCAGGAUGCUUUCUGCUCACUGUGUGGAGGGGGAAAACCCAAGGAGGUCAAAAUCUGAACGAAACGCUUUAAUUCACCUGAGA